AUGUACCAAAAUGAAAUAAAAGCUUUGCUUUAUAAGCGAUUGGAGCUCUGUUUCUACUUCCCGAUAAGUAAUCAGCUUCGCCGGAGUUUUUUUCUCGGCCGGCUAACAAAAAACCUUCCUAGUCUCUGUUUGGAAGCGCAUCGCCGAGUUCUAACAAUUGGUAUUGAGAGUAGCAGCAACGCCUUGUUUAAAGUUUUUAAACCAAAAUCUUCCCCAAUCUCCGUCUUCCUCUUUGCCUUUGGCAACCCCGUCACCGUCCCUAUCAAGACGGUGCCGUUUCGAUGCUUUUCUUGUUGUGAGAUCCGUUUUCCAACGCUGAACAGAUCUGCAUUUUUUGGUUCUCAUGUCACCAUUAUCCGCUGGUCUGAAUCUUGCGAGUUCGUCAAGCCAACAUCCAGAACUUCAGCAAGAGCGUGUUUAAACGACUUCUCGGAUGAAGAAUUUUCCAAGAAACAUCAAGAGUUUUCCCUCGGAUUCCACUUAUCAGACGAUGAUGGCGAAACUAACCGGGGAUUUAACACUGAUUCUUCGGAUUCGGGAAGGUCCGACUCGGGAAGAGAGUAUUUGAAACUACAUUGGCGAGAUGGGCUUUGGGAAGAUCAUAAGCAUCCAAAGUUUGAUUCUAAGCAGUCAUCGAGCAAGAAAACCACUUCGAUAGGCGGAAACAACGGCGGUGGCGGUGGAAAAGAACGGCCGGCUGCUGGUGGCACCGACGGUGAUGAAUGGUUCGAUAAAACAGAGUCGACAACAGCAUGGCAGGAAGAGAAAAUGGGAGGUUUAUUAUCAGAUGAAAUGCUCCAUCAUGAAACAAGAAGGGAUCUUCUAUACCAUAUAGGAUUAUCACAAGAGCCUAACAAUCCUCUCCUCCUUGCCAAUUAUGCUCAGUUUCUCUACCUUAUCGUUCAUGAUUACGAUAGAGCGGAAGAGUUGUUCGAGAAAGCGAUAGAAGUGGAAGCGGGUGACGCCGACGUAUACAGUAAAUACGCCAACUUCUUAUGGAAAGUUAAGGAUGAUAUGUGGGCAUCUGAGGAAAUGUUCUUGGAAGCAACUGAAGCAGAUCUUGAUAACCCUUAUUAUUCCACAAACUACGCUGAUUUUCUAUGGAAUACUAGCGGGGAGGAUACUUGUUACCCGCUUCGCUCUUCACACACUGAUCUGUUGAAAGUCAAAAAUGAAUUUAGCAUAUGGCCGGCUAAUAUUAGUCUAAAAUGGCUGCAAAUUAUUGAAAAUUAG